GAGAUCGUGCACGUGCCGACGGUCGUGCAGCAGGAGCGCCUGCACCACGAGCACGUGGACCAGAUCGUCGACGUGCCGAUCGAGCAGCAGAUCGAGGAGAUCGUGCACGUGCCCGUGAUCCAGACCCAGGAGAAGAUCGUCCAGAACCCGGUGGAGCUCACCGUGGAGGUGCCGCACCCCCAGGUCAUCGAGAAGACGAUCGAGAUCCCCAAGAUCCAGAUCGAGGAGAAGAUCAUCAACGUCCCGAAGGUGCAGCAGACCAUCCUGGACACCACCACGCAGCGCCAGCUGCAGACCAUCGAGGUGGUGAAGCCGAAGAUCAUCCAGACCAUCGUGCAGAGGAAGAAGCCCAUCAUCCAGGAGCACGUCAAGCAGGUGCCCAAGAUCAUGCGCGAGCUGGUGCCCGUGCAGAAGAUCGUCCAGAGGGAGGUCGACGUGCCGCAGGUCCAGUUCGUCGACGAAGUUGUGGACGUCCCCGUUGUGAAGAACCGGCAUGUGCCGACAAUCAUCAAGCAGGAGAAGACCGUGGAGGUGCCCCAGAUCGAAUACGUCGACCACCACGUGCACGUCCCAGUGCAGAAGCACCGCCACGUGCCCAUGGUCAGCGUCGUGCAGAAGUACGUGGAUGUGCCGCAGGUGGAGAUCAUCGAGGAGGUCGUCGAGGUGCCGGUCCAGAGGCAGGUGCAGGUGCCCAUGAUCACCAAGGUCCAGAAGACGGUGGAGGUUCCCCAGAUCGAGUACGUGGACGCCCACAUCCACGUGCCAGUGCAGAAGCAGCGCCAG